AUGGUAUGUAUCGCUUGUUGGACAAAGUAUAUUGAAUCUCUAAUUGAAAACAGUCAUAUAGCAGAAUUAUUGAAUGGAAGUUUAAAAUGUUCCAUAUGUCACGAUCUUAUAGCGCCAUUAGACUCAUUAAAAGACGUAUUACCAAAAGCGUUGAAAGAUCGUCUUCAAAAUAUUUUAUCUACAAUUCCAGCAACGACCCAUCCAACAACAAUCGAUGAAUUUAAUUAUUACUUUAACGAAAAUGAUGAAUUAAGACAUAAAAUAACACAUGAAAGAUUCGUAUUUAUCACACAACGUCAUUAUAAUCUAUUGGGUGAUUGUAUAUCGGACUAUCUUCAGAAUCGAAUGAAAACACAAUGGAAAUAUAAAGAAAUAUGGUUACCAUUUAGAAAACACGAACAGACAGAGAAAAAAGAGAAUACAGAAGAACAACAAACAUCAGAUAACAGUGGACAAAUUGGUGAUUCAAAUGUCGAUGAUCAUCAUGAUCAAACGAAUAUAUUUAUAUCAGAUGAUUUUAAUACAAAUGAAAAUGGUUGUUUAAUAUUAAUUCAAGGUUCUGGCGUUGUAAGACCAAAUCAAUGGGCACGAUCAUGUUGUAUUAAUGAAUCUCUAAAUAUUGGCACAAUGUUUCCAUAUAUGAAGCAUGCAAAAGAAAAUAAUUUAUCCGUUUUGAUUCUUAAUCCAAAUCAAACUACAUACUAUGUCAAUGAUGAUGAUGAAAAUAAUAAUCCUAAUGAUGAUAAAGAUCCGCAAUCAUUUUAUUUAACGACAACUCGUGUUUAUGAUAAUAGAACAACGAAAAGAAUUCAACAUAAUGAAACAAGCCGAAAACAUAUUCUGUAUGUUUAUGAUAAUAUUAUUCAAGAACAUUGUAAAGGAAACAAAUUAUAUAUCGUUGCACAUUCGGCUGGUGGUGAUGCUCUUAUGUAUUUAUUACGAGAGCGUACUCAAUCAUUAUUUUCACGUUUAACAUCUGUUGCAUUCACUGAUUCUGUUCAUUCUUUAUUACCAUCUGAAUCAGAACAAAUAAAACAAUUUUUAAGACAAAAUGGGAUUCAUUUCGUGGCAAGCGAUGAACCAAUGGGAACUCCAGUCCGAAAACGACAAUCAUUUUAUUCUUAUGAACCAGCAUGUAUGGAAGUAUCGGCAGGACAUCCGAAACAUGAAUAUACAAGUGGUCAUUGUGUUGAUGGUGUGUUUAAGUUUUUCUUCAAGAAACAGAUGAAUGAGAGUUUACAUCUUGAAGAUGACAAUAAACAAGAAAAUGACGAUAAACAAGAACAAGAUGAAAAGCAAGAAAUUGAUGAUAAGCAAGAACAACAUGAAAAACAAGAACAAGAUGAAAAGCAAGAAAUUGAUGAUAAACAAGAACAACAUGAAAAACUAAAAAAUUUAUCAAAGGAAAACGAUGAAAAUCACCUUGACUCAGAGAUGGCCUGA